AGCUGUGAGCAGGGUGUUCUGUUCUUCACUUCCAGAAAGCCAGAGCUUUAUAAAUGGACACUGACAUGGACUACGAAAGACCCAACGUUGAAACCAUCAAGUGUGUGGUCGUGGGAGACAAUGCUGUGGGGAAGACGCGCUUGAUCUGUGCCAGGGCGUGCAACACGACGCUGACGCAGUAUCAGCUGCUGGCCACCCACGUGCCUACCGUGUGGGCGAUUGACCAGUACCGAGUGUGCCAGGAGGUCCUGGAGCGUUCCCGGGAUGUUGUGGAUGAAGUGAGCGUCUCUCUCAGGCUUUGGGAUACUUUCGGCGAUCAUCACAAAGACAGGCGUUUUGCAUAUGGCAGGUCUGAUGUUGUGGUCCUCUGUUUUUCUAUCGCUAAUCCCAAUUCCCUAAAUCAUGUGAAAACCAUGUGGUAUCAAGAAAUCAAGCACUUUUGCCCCCGCACACCUGUUGUUCUGGUUGGCUGCCAGCUAGACCUCCGCUAUGCUGAUCUCGAAGCUGUUAAUCGAGCCAGACGCCCUUUAGCGAGGCCCAUAAAGAGAGGGGAUAUUCUGCCCCCCGAAAAAGGCCGAGAGGUUGCGAAGGAACUCGGCAUACCGUACUAUGAGACGAGCGUCUUUGACCAAUUCGGCAUCAAGGACGUGUUUGACAAUGCAAUCCGAGCAGCGCUGAUUUCUCGCAGACACCUGCAGUUCUGGAAAUCCCACCUAAAGAAAGUUCAGAAACCUUUACUUCAGGCACCAUUCCUACCUCCAAAAGCCCCUCCACCAGUCAUCAAAGUUCCAGAAUGUCCCUCCACGGGGACGAGCGAAGCUGCCUGUUUACUGGACAAUCCUCUGUGUGCCGACGUCCUGUUUGUCCUUCAGGACCAGGAGCACAUCUUUGCACAUCGAAUUUACCUCGCUACCUCCUCUUCCAAAUUUUAUGAUCUUUUUUUAAUGGAAUGUGAAGAAACCCCAAAUGGGAGUGAAGGAGCUGGUGAGAAAGAGAAGCAGAGCAGGGAUUUCCAGGGGCGGGCAUGGAGCCUUGACCCAGACGAGGAGAGGGAGGAAGGCACCCCAAGGACCCCUCAGACCAAUCAGUGGAAAUCCUCGAGCCAAAACCUGUCCCAACAGGAGGGUCCGGGGAUGGAAGCCGAGAGCUCGAUUCCAGAGACGCAGACUUUGUCAGGCUGGAGCAAGGGGUUCGUUGGCAUGCACAAGGAGAUGCAAGUCAAUCCCGUUUCAAAGCGGGUGGGCCCCAUCACCGUGGUCAGGAUGGACUCCUCCGUCCAGCCAGGCCCUUUCCGGACCCUGCUCCAGUUUCUGUACACGGGACAACUGGAUGAAAAGGAAAAGGACUUGGUGGGCCUGGCUCAGAUUGCAGAGGUUCUGGAGAUGUUUGAUUUGAGGAUGAUGGUGGAAAACAUCAUGAACAAGGAAGCCUUCAUGAACCAGGAGAUUACAAAAGCUUUUCAUGUCAGGAAGGCCAAUCGGAUAAAAGAGUGUCUCAGCAAAGGGACAUUCUCAGAUGUGACGUUUAGGUUGGAUGAUGGAGCCAUCAGCGCCCACAAACCGUUGCUGAUCUGUAGCUGCAGGUGGAUGGCCGCCAUGUUUGGGGGCUCGUUUGUGGAAAGCGCCAACAGUGAGGUAUAUCUCCCGAACAUAAACAAGAUGUCAAUGCAAGCGGUAUUGGAUUAUCUUUAUACCAAGCAGUUGUCACCUAAUUUGGACCUGGACCCACUGGAAUUAAUUGCCUUGGCAAACAGAUUUUGCCUGCCACACUUGGUUGCACUUGCAGAGCAGUAUGCUGUCCAGGAGCUGACCAAGGCCGCGAUGAGUGGUGUGGGCAUUGACGGGGAAGUGCUCUCGUAUUUGGAAUUGGCCCAGUUCCACAACGCCCACCAGUUGGCCGCCUGGUGUUUGCACCACAUCUGCACCAACUACAACAGCGUGUGUUCCAAGUUCCGCAAGGAGAUCAAAUCGAAAUCCGCAGACAACCAGGAAUACUUUGAGCGGCACCGCUGGCCCCCUGUGUGGUAUCUGAAGGAAGAAGACCACUACCAGCGCGUGAAAAGGGAACGCGAGAAGGAAGAUAUUGCACUAAAUAAACAUCACUCAAGACGAAAGUGGUGCUUCUGGAAUUCGUCUCCAGCAGUUGCCUGAGGGGGAAGAGACAAAAAUCAGUCAUCUGACACACCACUUUUAAAAGCACUACUGUAAAAUUAGUCUUAUUAUUAGAGAUAAGUCGUAGUUCAGGUUUCAGGCACUGAUCUUCCUCCACUGUUGUGCAUUUAUCUUUGUCGGGAUCAAAGCACAAGCUCCCCAUCAAUGAGCCUGGACAAAAAAGGGAAGUUGAUGCUCACUGCAUUCCUUAAACUUAUAUGUAUAUUUUUUGUUAGAAGGCUUAAUAAACUUUAGUCCGUUACUUUGUUUCUUUUUAUACCAAGGAAAAAAAAAUCCAGCUUUCAUGUUUCAAAGUCCCAAAUUAGAAAAUAUUU